AUGGAGGGUUCGGCGACAGGGGGAAAUCACGGAGGCGAUCCUCGCGCCGAGCAUGCCGCAACCAAGGAGUCCGAGGAGGCGGCAACGCAACACCAUCUGACGCUGCUCCAGCCGAGCGUGGUCGAAGUUUCUGCAGCCGUGCUGGAUAAGGACAAGGUGGCACAGCACGAGUCGGUGGGGCUGGUCGGUGGCUCUCCUCCUUCUGGUGGACGGGGAAGGCGUAGGCAAAGGAAGAGCGAUGGGGAGGAGGAUGAUGACACCGCCGUGCCCGGGGACCUCACCACACGGGCGAAGAGGCGCCAGACGACAGGUAGUGCUGACAACGCCGGAGGCGCGGAAGUUGACACACCGCGAGGCGCCAAGGAAGCUAGUGGCAAGGCGGGCGGUCAAGCAUUGCGCCAGAAGGGCCGCCCCGCAGCAAGAAAAGCAUCUGGCGGAAGGAGAGGCAAGAAAGCAGCGACAGGAACGAGGCCGAAACGGGGCGAUGAAGACCCCGGUGAUACGGAGGAGGAGGAGGAUGAGGAGGAGGAUGCGGAGGGAGAGGAGGAUGAAGAGGAAGCGGAGGAGCAAGACGCGGAUGUUGGGGAGGAUGCUAAAGAUGAGAAUGAUGGCGGGGAGGACGAAGAGGAGGAGGAGGAGGAGGAGGAGGAGGAGGAGGAGGAGGAGGAGGAGGAGGAGGAGGAGGAGGAGGGGGAUGAGGAGGAGGAGCAGGGUGACGAGGAGGAGGAGGAGGAGGAGGAGGAGGAGGAGGAGGAGGAGGAGGAGGAGGAGGAGGCAUCAGAGAAGGAGGAGGAGGAGGAGGAGGAGGAGGAGGAGGAGGAGGAGGAGGAGGAGGAGGAGGAUGUGGCGCCAGGGAAGAGACGGGGCGGGCGUGGCGGUCGGCGUGAUAGUGUGAGGGCACACGGGACUGCUGCAGAAGACGUUGAUACCCUUGGCCAGAGGGGGGAUUCUUCACACCCUUUUCCUCCGCUCAUGGGUGCCCUAGGUGAAAGUGAGGAGCACGAGCAGUUUGUUACACGGGAGGAGUUCCAGGCGCUGCGGUCUGAGAUGUACGCCAUGUUUGCACAGCUCGGCCUGCGUCGUGGAGUACCUGCCAGCUAUGCCGGCGGGUCGGCAGCCCUGCCUAUGGCUGGUACCCCGCCGCCGAUGAGCGCCGUGGACAAGGCACGAGUGCUAGUGUUGCAGGAGACAAACCCAUUCCCGGUAUGUGGCGGGCCAAAUGGGGCGGGCCAAAUGGGGCGGGUUGGGGUUGACGUGGCAACAAGGUCGGGGUUGGGGCUGACGUGGCGGGUUCGAAGGGAACACGGGAGCGGCGCGUGA